AUGCUCAGAAAACGGGAUCCUUUCGCUCCGUCCUACAAACUUACUGAGGUGCAGCGGCGUGCUAUAUGCCAAGACCCUCGAAUAUUAGAACUCAGACGAGCAAAGAGAGAAUUAAUGGAAGAGAUGCGAUCCCUGGCUGGGAUUAUAAAAAAGGCCCAAGAGCUUUUCCCUCACCUCUAUCAGAGGCACGAAGCAGUCAUGAAAGAGCUUUCUCAUCUAAGAAAAGCUUUGGCCAGUGGUACCCGAGAGACAGCCAGAAAGGAUUAUUUUCAUAGUGCACGUGUGCUAGAAGUCGACAGACAGAUCGAGCAACUCCUUAAUCAGGCUAAUGUUGAGGACUUCGAUAGCAACAACUCUGACGAUGAGGAUUGGGAACUUCCUGUCCCCGAAUACGUCUUUCCUGAGCGGGCACAGCUCUAUGAAAAUUUCUACGGGCCAGAUGCAGGGAACUUCGAACCGGAGAAACUGCUUGCAAGACGUAUCCAGGUCACCAAAGAUUUGGUUGCGCUCAAUGAUGAGGAGGAAACUGGGAAUUCAGAAGCAUCAUCUGUUGCGGUUUAUCUCGCCGCUCAGCAUCUAAUCCCCCUCCCCAUAAAUUUUCCCCGAAGCGGAAAGAUUCUCUCCGUCGCCAUCUCAUCGAUUGUCAUAUGGCUAAUACACACGAGGGGAUUAGCUGUACGGGGAACCUGUCAUGAUCUUCCCAAAUUUAGAGAAGUCACAGAGUUUUUGGCCCAUGCUGUCACAGUGCAUGCGUACGACGUCAAAAUCAAAAAACAGCAUCUCUUAGCAAUACAUCAUGAUAGCUGCAGCGAAAUUUCAUCUGUCAAUAAUUCAGGCAUUUUGGAAUCGGAUAGUCAGCCGGACACAAACACUCCUGCUUCCUCCGUUAGCUCUGAGGCAGCCAAUAUCGACCCACGCUUGUUUGAACCUAACGCUGCCAUCCUGACAAAGCUUCCACUGCGUCGGUCAAAGAGAUUGCGACUAUCUGUUGCGGCCUAA